UUGGUUUUCACUUCUUGCCAAUAUAAGUUCUGUGGUUUCGCUUUCAACCUAUGUAGGUGUGGUUAAGAAACGAACAAACAAUCACUCGGCGGCGGAGAUCCAUAGCCACUUCAUUAUUGCACUCAACUCUCAGUUUAAAAACAAUAUGAAGAUCGUGUUUUCCAUUUUUUUAUUCUUGUUCAUCAUGGAUGGUGUGUUUGGUGUUGAUCCAGAUGAAGUAAACACAGCGAUAGAGGGAGAUUCUCUUACUCUACAGACUGAUUUUACUGAAAAACAGAAAGAUGGUCUAAUAGAGUGGAAAGUUAAUAACACUAACAUAGCAACAAUCAUUAAAGGAACUGGUAAAGUUGAAUACAGUGAUGAUAAAUUGAUGGUGAUGUUUAGUGACAGACUUGAUCUGGAUCAAACUGGAUUUCUCACCAUCUGGAACAUCAGAAUCAAACACUCUGGUGAAUAUAAAGUAAUGAGUAUUAGCAGUGCAGGGACCAAAUCCAGGACUUUCAAAGUUAUUGUUAAUGAAUCUCCACUAAAGUCUGUUGAGGAUAAAGAUGAAAUAAAGGCAUUGUUAGCCACAAAAGGAAAUUCUGAAACUCUACACACUGAAAUUGAACUACAGAAACAUGAUCUAAUACUGUGGAGAUUUGGAGCUGAAGGAUCUCUCAUUGCUAAAGGUGAUAUAGAAGACAAUCAUACAUCAUACUAUGAUGGUGAUGAUGGGAGAUUCAGAGGCAGACUGCAGAUAGACAGUAAGACGGGAUCUUUGAUCAUCACAGACAUUGAACCGGCACAUGCUGGGGAAUUUAGACUAAAGAUCUUCAGUGACAGAAGAAUCUUAUUCAAACGAUUCACUGUUAUUGUUUCUGUUUCAGGUCUGUCUCCAGGUGCUGUAGCAGGAAUAUGUGUUGCUCUGUUCCUGGUUUCUGCAGCUGUAGCUGUAGCUGUAGGUGUUGUGUUUUUUCGUCUACGCCAUGACUCUAUACUAAAAAAAUUUAUAUCAAAGAUCUCUGAACAACUGAAGCAACUGCAAAGGAUCUCUGGACAGCUUGAUAACUUGUUGAAUGAUUAUGGAAAAUUUACGGAUUACCCUGAAAAAGCAUUGUCUGAGGUCUGUGAAAAUGAAAAAGACCGAAAAGAGAUGUCUGAAAAACUGAAUAAAAUGUUGGGUGACUGUGAAAAAGAAUUAUCGAAGAUCUCUGAACAAUUUCAGCAACUGUGCAAGGUCUCUGAAAAACUGUGGACUAACACCACAGAUUGUGAGACAAAAAGAUUAGAGACAGAGAGAGAUAAAUUUGUAAGGUACGGUGUAGACACACUCUCAAGUAAGACACAUGGUACUGAUGAGAGAUCCAGAGACAGAGAGGACAGGAAGAGCCUCGUACUUUCUAAAGAUUUUACACAUGGGACUAACACCACAGAUUGUGAGACAAAAAGAUUAGAGACAGAGAGAGAUAAAUUUGUAGGGUACGGUGUAGACACACUCUCAAGGAAGACACGUGGUACUGAUGAGAGAUCCAGAGACGAACAGUACAGGAAAAGCCUCAUACAUUCUAUAGAGUUUACACGUAAUUCAAUAGAAGAGACACGUUUUAUGCAAGAGGAUGAGUGAAUAAGUAGCUAUAGAAGAGUUUAUCUUAGUGAUAUAAGACACACCCAGCAGUGUCAAUCACUGUGACAUCAACAUUUGAACUCUGUCUUUUCUAAACCUCUAGAUUCCAUCCAUUCAAAGUCAAUCAACCCUGUGUCUCUUGUAUGAAAAGUUUGUUUUGUUUCAGAUGAACAGGGAAUUGUUUUGUGAGAUUAAAUGUAAUAAUCUAGUGAGAUUUUUGUUUGCACAAGAAUCUGACAACAGCCAGUGCUCCACACAGAGAUCUGAUUUUAUAAUCCAGUCUGUCUGGAAUGACAUGAUAAAAACAAUAAAACACAUGGUGCUUUUCCACUUUCCGCUUAAGGAUGCCCCAUAGGUGCUCAAUAGGGUUCAGGUCAGAUCACCUUCACCUGCACCUUCCUCAACAAGGCAGUUGUCAUCUUGGUGGUGUGUUUGGGGUCAUUAUCAUGUUGGAAAACUGCUGUUCAGCCCAGUUUCUGAAGGGGAGGCACCAUGUUUCCCUCAAUGAACCGCAGCUCCCCAGUACCAGCAACACUCAUGCAGCCCCAAACCAUGAUGCUACCACCACCAUGCUUGACUGUAGGAGAGACACAAUUUUCUUGGUACUUCUCACCAGGGCAUCACCACACAUGCUGGACACCAUCUGAGCCAAACAUGUUUAUCUUAGUCUAAUCAGACCAUAGGACAUGGUUCCAGUAAUUCAUGCUCUUGGACAGGUUGUCUUCAGUAAACUGUUUGUGGGCUUUCUUGUAAGCCAGCUUCAGAAGAGGCUUCCUUCUCGGAUGAUGCCAGCUCAAACCGACUUGUUGCAGUGUGCAGCAUAUGGUCUGAGCACUGACAAACUGAUCUUCUACUUCUGCAACCUUUGAAGCAAUGCUGGCAGCACUCAUGCAUCUGUUUUUUGAAGCCAGGUUCUGCACCUGAUGCACAGAAUGAGCACUCAACUUCGUUGAUCGACCCUUGCGAGGCCUAUUCCGAAUGGAACCCGUCUUGGAAAACCUCUGUAUGACCCUCACAAUACUGUAACUCAGUUUCACAUUGUUACUGAACUUCUUAUAGCUUAGGCCAUCUUUGUGGAGAGCAACAAUUCUAAUUCUCAAAUCUUUAGAGAGUUCUUUGCCAUGAGGUGCCUUGUUGAACAUCCAGUGGUCAGUAUGAGAGAACUGUACUCAAAGCACCAAAUUUUAACUGCUCUAAUACAACAUACACAACUUUGUAUGGUCCUGUCAAGCAGAUAAAAACAUGAACAUGAUGAACAGGACAUGUGGCUUUGUAUGGUUAAAUGACAGUGCGGUUAUCACUUAGGGUGUACUCACUUUUGUUUUUAGCUAUUUUGACAAUAAUGGCCGUAUGUUAUUUUGAGGGGACAGUAAAUAUACACUGCUAUACAAGCUGCACAUUAACUACUCUAAAAUAUAUCCAAGUUUAAUUUCUAUAGUAUUGUUCCUUAAGAAGAUACACUAAAAAUGUUGAAAUAUGAGGACUGUACUCACUUUUGUGAGAUACUGUAUAUAUAAUCACUACUAGUAGGUUGAUGUUUAGCUUUAAUCAAAUAUCUCUAAAGAUCGCAUGACCUCCUCAUGUGUAGAAAGACAAGAUACCCAAAGUAUUAGAGCUGUAAAGUACCUAAUUACAAAUGUGUUACUGUAACAAAGUACUUUCUUCAGAAACUGAAUUUUAAAUACUUUACAAAUUAUGUACUUGAGCACAUUUUAAGUGAUGUAACUGUACUUUUAAGGUCCUUGCAC